UCUCAAUUUUUAACUGAAAUUGUUGAAAUAGUUAAAUUAGAAUUGUUACAUCUCAACUAUUAACUUAUAUAAUAUACAUACUCAUACAAACAAAACAUUAUAAUUUACAAUAUAUCAAAUACAUAUAUUCACCACAAUACUACAUCUUUCAAACCAUACGCUCAAUCGAUUUACUGUGAUUGAAGCCCCUCAAAGCACAGAAAGACAAAAAAAAAUGCCUCUCUCUUCCUUCUCUCUAACGGGCCUUUUCUCUGAGUCCCCCAACGGCUCCUUUACCGUCCCCGUCGCUGGGACUUGUCUAGCUCAAUCGGAGAGCAAUUACAGCAGCAGGCAUACCACCAAAAUAGAUCUUCAUGAUCCUUUUGCUUACCGAAAGGAAGAGAGAAACAGCCUGUCUCCAAUAGUAAAGAUUCGCACGGGGAUUGGACAAGGCAAGGAUAGAGCAGCAAGCACAUUAAAGAGAAAAGAAAUAUGGAAACCACCGGACAGCAGGGAAUAUGGCUUCCUUUGUCAGAGACAGUGGAAGGAGGAGAAAAGAAGGGUAGAAAGGAAUAGAAGGUCCUUAGGACGUUUAGCAGAGGGAACUAGUAUCAGACUAGGAGGGAGAGGGGAAAACCUUGAGCCAAACGAGACUGAGACAGGGGAAGAAAAGCAGAGCAGGGAAGUUAAUAGUCAAGAGAAGGGUAAUGAAUGCUCGGAAAAGAAACAAAUCUACCUCAAGCAGGAGGAAAUUGAAGGCUACCUACUCAAGGAAGUCUUUAAAGAGGGCAAGAAGGUGGAGAGGAGGAGGAGUACGCCCAAAAGAGCUCUGCAACCCAACCCCAGUUACCUCACAAAAACCAUCCUUUACUCCCCUGCAAAAAUCAAAAACACAUUAGAACCAAGGAAACAACAGCUAGUCCCCAUGGAGGUCAGCAAUAAUAACAGAGGCCCAUCUAAAUCAAGGGAGGAAGGGAGAAUAUCCCAAACAACAUCAAGGGGAAGAGGGGAUCGUCCAAUCCUAUCCUCAACAGGUGGACGAGGCAUGACAAUGCUGCUGGGGAAGAUGCUCACGGAAAACAGAGUGACAUUGGCAAAGGCAUCAGGAGCUGCACGCUACGCGUGGGGAGGUUAUGGAGAGGUGAACGUCCAGCCAACAGAUGCCCAAAACCUCUUCAUUUUCACUUUCAACAAUGAGCAAGUCAGGGAGAAGAUAUGGAGGGACAGGCCAUGGAGUUUGUCCAACACUCUAACGGCUAUGGAGAAGUACAAUGGAAGAGGAAAACCGGAAGAAGUCCCAAUCGAAAGAGUGGCUAUGUGGGUGCAGAUCCAUGGAAUGCAUCAAGACCAGAGAAAUGAGCAGAACAUGGAGGCAAUUGGAACGCAAUACUUCCCGGGGCUACUCGACAUAGACAGAGCAAGUCUGGAAUACAACGGAUACAGGAAGUUUUUGAGAAUACUGGUGGAUGUCGACAUUAAGGAACCAGUCCCGACUGGGUUCGACUUUCCUUUCACAGAUGAAACCACAGGGGAGGAGUAUUGCGACGUGAUCGACUUCAAGUAUGAAAGACUUGUGGAGCUGUGCUAUUUCUGUGGGAGAAUCGGCCACAACUGGCCGACGUGCUGGAGGAUGAAUGAGGAGAGGAAGAAAAAUGGGGUCGCAUACUUAUCAGAGGUGUACAACUCGUCACUCAAAGCUGGGAUCGACUCUCCUCACAUAAACCAGACAGCCAGCCACAGAAGCAACAGGGAAGGGGAAGGGUCACAGAGAUCAUCAUCGGGGAGAGAGAGGUUGUACGGCCAGCGCCGAUUGGGAGAAGAGGAGGCUGGAACUGGCUCGUCAAUGGCGGGAGGAAGCGAUGGGGUGAACCCGCAAAUCCCACCUGGGUUCACGGUCAGAAGGGAGGAAAGCGAAAUCCAAGGAAGGGAGGAGCAGGAAUCACGAGGCAGGUGGGGAGGAAGAUACAGAGUGGAGAUGGGGGGAAGAAAUCUAGAGGUGGAGAUGGAAAGAGCUUCAGCGGCGAUGGAGAUGGGGCUGCGGCUGGAGGAGGAGAGAGCCCUCCACAUCCCCGAUCGGCAACAGGAGGAAGUGGAGACCAACCUGUCUCUUGGGCUGACCCAGCGUCUCAACACGGCCCAGCAGCAGGAGAUGUCUCUUGGGCUGACCCAGCCUCCCAACACGGCCCAUCAGCAGGAGAAUGUGGACUUCAUUGAUGCAAGGGCUUACCUACAUAUCAAUGAUGGGCUGGAAGAAGAGGGUGGCCGAAAAUUUAAGAAGAGAAAAGGAAUGAGCCAGAGCAGUAGGGAAAGGCCCACAAUUGAUUUAAAUGAAGAAGAGGGCCAAGCGACUGUUUUCUUAAUGGGAGGAAGGGGGGGUGAAAACAAGAAGAAGAGUCAGAAAAGCAAGACUUACCAGCCGAACACCUCAAAGGGAAAGAUCUCUGAAAAUGGAAAGGAGGGACAAGGGAAGAAGACAAAGGCAGCGGUGGUGCGCCAGAAGCCACCUCUUCAAGAAUGAGUAUGGUAAGUUGGAAUUGUAGGGGUUUUGGCCCAACCCUUACAAGAAGUUAUGCGAAGCGUCUAUGUAGACGUUUAGGCCCUUCGAUUGUUUUCCUCAUGGAAACGAGCAAAAAUGAAGCAUUUAUGGAGGA